AUGGAUCCAAAUCCGUUGCCGCGCAAACGACGCGAUCCUGGGGGCUCAAGGGCUGCGCCGAUGGCUUGUGGGACCGUGGGGCCCGCGGGUUGGGUUGCCGGAGGGAUUCCCGGGCAGCCCCUACCCGGCCUGCCCGCGGGCACCUCUGGCCUCUCGCCGGCUAUAAAACGGGCGCCAAGUCCUGGAUACUGCAGUUUGCCGCUCUGUGACACUGCUGCCAGUCUUCUUCCGCCGCCACCGUCGUCUUCGUCCGUAGAUCAGAGAGGGAGGAAGAAAAACCGAUCGAUGGCGUCCAACUACGUGGACACGACGGGCGAGGAGGGCAGGUUCCACGGCCCCCACAGCCACAGCACCAGCACCACCCCGACGGGCGCGGCGGCGGCGUUGUCGCCGCGCAACAUGCGCCGCAGCUUCUCCUCCGCGUCCUCCGGGAGCCACAGCCACGGCGGCGGGGGCAAGUGCGUGUGCGCGCCCCCGACCCACGCCGGGUCGUUCAAGUGCCGGCUCCACCGCACCAACUCCCAGGGCCACGCGCACCCGUCCCCGCCGGUCUCCCCCGCUGGCGGCGCGUCCUCUGCCGCCCCGGCGCAGGGCGUCCCGUCCUCCGCCUCCUCCCGCACCGUCGAGGCCCAGUGA